CAAGUGACCUGGUCGGCAAAUUCCCGUGAUAACAAAGGUUGACCUACAUUUGUAUACCCCUCUUGUCGUGCAUCUCGUUCUCCUAUUUCCCUAGCGCUGCAUGCAAUCGCUUUUCUCUCGUGCCAAGGCAAACACUAGCUCUGUAAAGAUCCAUCACAAGAGGACGCUUACUCCGGAUGAUAUCGGCCGUGCACAGGUCUUAACUGGCAGCAGUCCGCCUGCUCAGCGGAGUUCCAGUUCAAAGGACAAAGAAGCCAAGUCUAAGCGGUCGCGCACUCACUCAGGCCCGACGAGUGGUAUCUCGUCUGCGGAUCUGCCCCCGGACGAGCAUGGCUUCAUACCGCUGUUACCUGAUGGGAGUUUCGUUCCGCUGUUGACUCCGCCCAAGCGGGUCGGCACUCAGCAAGAGUAUGGAUACAUUAGUACAGAGUCCGACGUCUUUCUGGGGCUGGAUCAGGCCAACAGGCUAGUUGAUGUUGUAGGAAAGGAACUCAACACACGAGGCCUUCAAACCCCACUCUUGUUUUCCACUCAGGCGCUGGACGUCUCUGCCGCUCGAGUCCGGUCGUUGAUCCGCACAUUUCUUGUGACAUGCCAAUCACCGAAUCUUCCGCAUUCAUCCGCACCUCGCAGAUCACCGAUGUCAGCCACCCAGGCUGAAGCCAAGUGGCGAGAAGAACUUAAAUUCGCGGAUCCUCACGCGUUGGCAAUGGUAUUGAAGUGGGGGCUUGCCCGAAUCGCUCGGGUCCAGAGCGGAUUCGAAGUACGUGGAUUUAUAAGUCUAGAUGAUUAUAUUCUCUGGCGAUCAAAGGAAGAAGAGCUGAGCUACCCUCCUGAUCACUUCUCAGCUUUUCUUAGCGUUAUUCCCCGAAUGACCCAUACCCUUUUCUUAUCCUUGCUCUCUUUAUUUUCACGCCUCUGCGCUAAUUCUCAAUCCUCUGGACUGACGCCUCAAACACUCGCGACGCACUUCGGCCCGCUGAUAUUCGGGUUGGGUGCUCCAUCACUGUCGUUUGGAUCGACUUACACGCUCUACCUUCGUUCUGUGCACGCAACCGAACACCUAAUUCUCUCGUACAUCGUCAAUGCAGAUUACGAAGCUCGUAACGGAGUAGAGUUGCCGACCCGCCUGAAACACUGGAUUAAGGGAUACCCAAACAUGCUCCCCAAGAGCAUCGCUGAAUUAGAUAAGACACGGCCGACCGUGCGCACGAUUCGGGUUGCGAGCGUUCGCAGGAAUGUGCGCCUCUAUUCCCCUGAUUUAGUUCAAACCGCCACCCUUUGGUCUGGGGAGGGUGAUCUCACAGGUAGAAGAGAGUGGACUCGCAUUGUGCCAAGUAUGCGGGGCGAGUACAGUGAACCAAAGUAUGCGGAAGGGUUCAAGAAGCGCCUUAAUCUGUCCAAGUCCUUCGAACCAAAGGCGAAGUACAAUUCCCAGGCUCAUCUACGUGUAACGGAGUCAUCAACCAGCCUCCUACGCCCCAAUCCUAUUGAUGAGUUGAUAAGUCGAACACACCCUGAGCUGGCAUCAUCUGCGUCAACACCUGUUUCGCUGUCGUCGAGCGAGGAUCGUUUUAAAAAUCUCACGGAACUCAAGUGGAGCAUCUUCGCUGAGACUGGGUUCGACAGCCCGAACGCUAAACUCCUUCAGUUUGACCUGAGCGAGACUGCCCGUCGCAAUGUUCGCAGUCCUCGUAAACGGGAUACACUCUCUUGGAAUGACUUCAGCGAGAUAGGCUUUGAUCGGCUAUCUGCUAAACUCUCCUCAACAGAAGGCGAUCCCCGAUACCUUGACCGAGCAGGAACGCCCAUGCCCCCGAUGUCCCACGAUCCGUUAGCGGAUGCUCUGCAGUUCAGCGUGCCGACGGAGUCGCCGAGCGCAUGGACAGAUCACGCGGUGGAUUGGCAUCGUAAGCUCAAGAAACAGCAGAAAAUCUUACCCCAAUUUGGGUGGGAGACGACGCCUGUCGCAGGAAGGGAGUGGAUUAUUGAAGAAGGAAUGGCUGCUGCCUGGUGCGAGCUGUGCUUGAGCUCGCGUUGGGUUGAUUGGGAUGAAGGCACGUUUCGCGAGUCAAAUUGGGCUCUCGUAUGUCUCUUGAUUCUGGAAACGGAUAUGAUUUUGUCAAGUCACAUAUCUUUUAUCGCAGGUGGAAUUCAAAGCACUUCCUGAGAAUCCUGAGAGUUCAAGAGAAAGGCGCUCCUCACGCGACAAUCCUCCGUCAGAUCCUCGCACCGCUUCGCAGUGGAUACUCUUCGAGGAAUUCGUUCCGCGAGAGUACAGAGACCAGCUGCAGAAUCCG